GUUACGAUUUAAAAUUUCGUGUAAAAUUCCAUUAAUGAUGGCGGACAUAAAGCAAGAAAACACUGGUUUGAAAUUCUUGUUUUUACGAAUACAAUAAUAAACUAAAAACUUUGAUAUUGAACGAUAUGGCACUCAUUGAUUUUGAUUGGAAUGAAUCGUUUGAUGAGAAAGAAAGCUGCGUAUCAUUAAAGGAUGUUUUACCAAUAGGAAGAGAAGCAGUAGAUCUUGAUGUCGAUGAAAACUUUUGUCUCAAAGUGACAAGAUUUGCGAAAUGCCCAAAGAUAGAUUUUGAUUCUGUUAAAAUUGGCAGAAGUAAAGUUUUGGAUUUUUAUCUUGUAAAUCCAAAUGAAUGCACUGUCACUGUCACUUUACUACCACUACCAGAAGAUUCUAAAUUUGAAAUAUUAAUCAAUGAAGAUUGUGUUAACACUGGCAUUAAUUUAGAACCGUUUUCGACUAAAUGCCUAAAAAUUAAAUGGACUCCUGAUACACCAGGAAAUUACAGGCAGGUAGUUAGUUUUAAGUGGGAAGGUGGUCAUAGACUUCAAGCAAUUUUUCUUGGCUGUGCUGUUGAUGAUGGAAAGAAGAACUCAAGAAAACUGCCUGCAAAUGGUAAACCAGUCCAUAAUAAAUCUUUUAACUCUUCUGUGAAGAGGAAAGCUUUAAUUGCAAUACAGCCUGGUACUCCUGCUCGCAGAACAACCUUUAAUAUUAGUAAACCUAUUAUUACUGCUACAUCUACUGAUGAUACUGACAAUAAAGAAAACAAAUUUCUAAACAAGAACCCAUCAUGCUCUCAAAUAAGUUUUGAAAAGCAACAUAGGAUUGAUGUAGUAAGCAACAAAUCAAAAGUAAGCUCUAACAUUUGUAAGUCAAAUACAAAUGUUCAUCCCAUUGGAAAUGAAAAAGAAGAAAGAAGAAAAACCUACCAUAUUCCAAAGAGGCAAGAACCCAAACGGGCUCUUUUCAAUAAGGAUAUUGAUAACAACAUAAAUAAUCAAGAAAAACAAACAAACUAUCUUAAACGAAAAUCAACAUCUCUGAAAAUACCACCAAGACGAUCUUUGCAAGCUGGUAUAGCAAUAAAAAAGCUUAGUCUUAAAACACCAAAAACAAGUUUGCCACGACACCCAAUGCCUUUUGCAGCAAAAAACAUGUUUUAUGAUGAGAGAUGGAUUGAUAAACAAGAAAGAGGCUUUACAAACUGGAUAAAUUUUAUCUUAACACCUCAAGAUGAAGAAAGUGGAACAGAAAGUAACAGAAGAGAAACAUACACAAUAGAUGCUAGUAAGCAUCAACCUGUUGCACCUACUAGAGAAGACUUGUCGUUACGUGCAUACUCCUUGCGACGCAAGAUGGCCAGACUUAGACGAGCAGCUUGCUUGUGCUAUCAAUCUGAAGAAUUUAUGUUUUCCAUCCACAAGAUUGAGAAAGAAGUUGAAUGUGGUAUGUUGGCAAUAAGGCCAGAGAAGCACAUUGAAGCUGAUCUUGGUUUGAAAGGAAAAAUUCUAAAGAUGAUACUAUCUUAUAACAUAUUGUGGCUUCGUAUUGGCCUUGAGGUGGUAUAUGGCGAAAUUAUACCUCUGCAUUCAAAUGACGAUCUUUCUAAUCUUACAAAAUUUGUAAUGCAAAGACUUCUUGCAAAUCCUGAUAUUGCGAAAAAGUAUAGCCAUCCAACGGUACCAAAUUUAUUCAAGCCAGGUUACGAAGAUGCUGUUGCAAAAUUUAUUUUAAAGAAAUUUUUACUACUGAUUGUGUUUUUGGACCAUGUAAAAGGAAAACGGCUGAUAGAUCAUGAUCCAUGCUUGUUUAGAAAAGAUGCAGAAUUUAAGACAAGCCGUGACAUACUGUUACGGUUUUCUUGUGAUUAUUUAAAAGGAGAAGGUGAUCUGACCAAACAUUUAAGUUAUCUUGGAGUAAAAGUAACUCAAUGCCAGACGGUGUUGGACGAAUAUGACUAUGGUGUAAAAAAUAUAGCUGUCGAUUUAAGAGAUGGGGUUCGCCUUGUACGUGUUGUGGAACUGCUCACUAAACAAUGGUUUUUGUCAACAAAAGUUCGAUUACCAGCAGUUAGUAGAUUACAAAAAGUGCAUAAUGUUGGCCUUGCGUUAAACUUCUUGGCUACUCAAGGAUUACAAAUAAACCAAGAUAGCAAAUGUGUUGUUGAUGGGCACAGAGAAAAGACACUACUUAUUCUGUGGCAAAUAAUUUUUCAUUUCCAGGUCGGACUGCUACUUGAUCUAGAAAAAAUCAAAGAAGAGAUUAUUUACUUGAAAAAAACACUUCAGCUGCGAAAUGAAAUGAUGCUAUAUGAUCCCAUGAGCAAAGAUCUUCUAGGAUUAAAUCGGCGUGAUUCAUCGGAGAAUGAAAUUUACUUUAAAUCGGAAAAAUUAAGUUUGUUAUUGAAAUGGUGCAAAAUUAUUUGUGCCCAUUACGAUGUUAAGAUUGAAAACUUUACAGUCUCAUUUUCCGAUGGAAUUGCUUUUUGUUGUUUGGUGAAUUUUUAUUAUCCUGAACUUCUUCCAAAAUCAUUGAUUAACCACGAAACAACUUUAACUUGCAACAUUGCACAACAAGAAGAAGGUGUCGAAGAUGAUUUCUGUUAUGACAACUGGACAAAAUGUUUUAGCCCAAAUACUGGUAUCAACAGAAGAUUGGAAACACUUCUUCGUAACGAAAAAGAGAACUUCAGAAUUUUAAGCGAGGCUGUGCAAGACCUUGGUGGUAUCCCUUCAAUGUUGAAGUCCAACGAUCUGUCAAAUACAAUUCCUGAUGAGAAGGUUGUCAUUACAUAUGUUUCAUAUUUGUGUGCUCGUCUUCUGAAUCUACGUGCUGAAACACAAGCUGCUCGCAAAAUACAGCUAGCAUGGCGAAAAUAUAGAUUCCAGAAAAAUAAAAGGAUGUUCCAGGCAUAUGAUGUGGCAGCCACCAAGAUACAGGCUUGCUUUCGAGGUUUUACAUGUCGCAUGGAUUAUUAUUUCAUGCGAGAAUGUAUCAUUAUUUGCCAAUCCAUCGCUCGAAGAUGGCUCGUGCUUAAUAAUUUGCACACGCAUCAUUAUGCUGCCUUGUUAAUACAAUCUGCUUACCGAAGUUACAUAAAAAGUUCAGAGACCAGAUACCUGUUUCUUCAAUUGAAAUCUUCUGCUAUUGUAAUUCAAAGAGCUUAUCGGAUGUACAGAAAAGAAAAAGCUUUAGAAAGAAUUUUUGCUGCCACUCGGAUUCAAUCUGCAUGGAGAAACUACAAAAAGCAGCAAGAAUUUAUUAAACAACACUAUGCUGCAGUCAAAUUGCAAUCUUUUGUGAGGAUGAUGGUUCAAAGAAAAAGUUAUCAGAGAAAACGGCUCGCUGUUGAGAUCAUACAGCGACAAUUUCGAGCAUACCUUCUCGCCAAGGAGUGUAGAUUGAAGUUUAUUAUCAUCCGUACUUGCGUUUCUAAAAUACAAGCUUUCUGGAGAAGUACACUUGUUUUUAAGAAACAGAGAAACAAGUACUUAGCAAUUUUGACAGCUGCCCAAAAAAUUCAGUGUUUGUAUAGAACUACUGUUUGUGCGCGAAGUUACAAUCGUACGAAAUUGUCUAUCGUUGUUAUUCAAAGGAAAUGGCGUGCUAUUCUUAAAGGUCGAAUGGUACAAACGCAAUAUAGACGGAUGAAGGAAGCUGCGGUCGAGAUACAAGCAUGGUUUAGGUCUUGGUUUGUUCGAAAGGAACUGAAUAAAAAAGUGGAUGCUGCUGUUUUGAUUCAAGCAUGUUGGAGAAACAAGAAAGAAAGAGAAAGAAUUGAAAAGGAGUAUGUGAAAAUAAGAAAUGCAACUUUGUGUAUACAAACCACCUGGAGAAUGCAUAUUGCAAGAAAAAAUUAUUCGAUGAAAAGAAUGGCCGCAACCAAACUUCAAUGUUGGUACAUCUCAGUUAAGAAUAUGGAAAAAAAGAGGCACAUGUAUCUCUAUACGAAAAAAAUGGUGACCUUCAUGCAAUCAUGCGUUCGCAGAAAUAAUGCAAGAGUGCAGUACAACAAAAUAGUUCAUAGUGCUGUUGCAAUACAGCAAAGUUGGCGAGCUUUGUUUUUGUCACGAAAGGAAAGAGAUUGCUACCUGAAAACCAAAUGUAAAGUAAUCUACAUCCAAAGCUUUGUCAGGAUGUAUCAAGCUCGUAGAAAUUUCUUAUCGAAGAGAUCUGCUGCGCUUAAAAUACAAGCUGUGUCUAAAAUGUUAGCUUGCAAGAAAGAGUAUCGACAAAAAAGAACAGCAAUAAUAAAAAUUCAGAGCUUUAUGAGGAUGAAACGUUGUCAGGUGGAAUACAUGAAAAUGAGAAAAUGUACAGUGAUGCUUCAGGCUAAUGUUCGAAGAAAGAAUGAAAGAACUUAUUUCUUAUUGUGCAAAAAUGCUGCAAUAAAGAUUCAAUCAAAUUACCGUCGAUAUGUAGAUCAGAAUAACUUCUGCGUAAUGAAGCAAGCUGCUAUUCUGAUACAAGCCACUCUGCGAAUGUCUGCUGCUAGGAAGUCCUACAUUCAACUUCGAAAUUCUGCUAUCCGUUUGCAAUCUAUAGUGAGAAUGUGGCUGGUUAGGAGUAAUUAUACAGCUAAAAGAAGAGCUGCAAUGUAUAUUAAAUCUUUCUAUAAGAUGUGGAGGCAAAGAUGUUGCUACAUUUCGCAAAAAAACGCUGCAAUGAUAUUGCAAUCUGUAAUUAGAAUGCAUUUGGCAAAAAAGAAUUUUUAUAACUUUAGAAGAGCCAUUAUAAAGGUUCAAUCUCUGUGUCGUAUGUAUCAUGCAAGAGAGAAAUUUUUAAGACUUCGUCAAGCGUCUAUCAAAAUACAAGCUAUGUGCAGGAGGUUUGUUGUCAGAAAAAAUUGUCUUAUCCAAAUUCAGGCAGCAAAAAAGAUCCAGUUUUUUUACAGGAUGUACCUUGCAAGAAAGCUAUUUAUUGAACAAAACCAAGCAGCUACUCGAAUUCAGUCAACGUAUCGAAUAAGCAGAGCAAAGCGUAAUCUGUUGGUUGAGAAGAGAUCUAUUGUUUGCCUCCAAUCGCUCUGCAGAAUGUAUUUGUCGCGUAAACAUUUCUUGAAAACCAAACAAGCAGUCGUUAGAAUACAAGCCACUUUAAGAAUGUAUUACAGUCGUUCUAAAUUCGAUAGAUAUAGACAGGCAAUCGUGAAAUUACAGUCCAUAUCUAGAAUGAACUUUUGCCGAAAGAAGUUUAGGAAUCAGAGACUUGCAGCGUUGAAGAUACAGGCAUACUACAAGAUGAAAUUGGGUCGAAAGUGCUUCCUAAAACAAAAAAACGCAUGCAUAAAAAUACAAGCGCAUUUUCGCCGACAUCUGAUUCAGUCAAAAUUUUGCAACAUUAAAAGCUCCGCUAUUACUAUACAAUCUGUCUUUAGAAUGUACAUGGCGCGAAAAACAUACUCAACCCUUUUACUCGCUGUUGUGAAAUUGCAAGCCACAUUUAAAAUGUUUACUGAUAGACAGUGUUUUAUUCGGAAACAGCGAGCUGUAUUAAAGAUACAAUCUCUUUUCCAGAGAUAUGUUGAACGUAAGAUGAAACACAUGAUUGCUGCGAAGAUUCAAGCUCAAUGGAAGGGUUAUAUGAUACGUCGACGAUAUAUUGCUUUAAGAAAUAAUGCGAUCAAACUGCAAGCUACCUGGAGGAUGUAUCACGUUCGAUGUGCUUUUCAAGAGAAGCGAAAUGCUGCUGCAAAGAUUCUGACGUUCUAUAGAGCGUAUAAGCUGAAAUGUUUGAGAAGAACUCGCGCUGCUGUAAAAAUACAAUCAUUUAUGAGAAUGAUUCUGAGACGAAAAAAAGUAGAAAGGGAGAGAUCGAUCAUUUUUUUGCAAAGUUACUUUCGUAUGCACAUAUAUAGAUUGGUUUUUGUAAAGAAGAAAUGUGCUGUUAUAAAAAUCCAGUCAGUUUAUAGAAUGUAUCGGGAUCGCGUUGAUGCAAGUAAUACUUUGCAUGCUGCUGUAACGAUACAAAAAUCUUACCGCCUAUAUGCUGCGAGAAAAAAUUACAUACGUGUAAAACAGGCUGUAACAGUAAUUCAAUCGUUUUUCCGUAUGUGUUUAAAAAGAAAAUGUUACAGAAGAAAAAAAGAAGCUGUGAUAUCAUUGCAAUCUUUGUGGAGGACGCACAAAUGUAAGAUUUUAUAUCAACAACAGCGCGAGGCUAUAAUAAAAAUACAAAGUAUUCUUCGAAUGUCUUUGUCGUAUCGAUCGUUCAAGCAGCAGAAACAAGCUGUUGUGAAGCUGCAAGCAUUUGCACGUAUGUUGAUGUUGAGAACUAAACAUAGGACUGUGAAGUUAGCUGCACUGUGUAUCCAAGUCUGGUGGCGUGAUCAGAACAUGAAGAAGAUCGCAAAACUGGAGGAGGUAGCUGCUACGAAGAUUAAAGCCACGUUUAAGAUGUAUAAAUGUAGACGCGCCUUCUUACGACUUAAUCUUGCUGCAGCAACAAUCCAAGCUGUGUACAGAAUGCACGUUCAACAUACACUCAAUGUGAAACAAAUUGUGGCUUCUACAAAAAUACAGACAUGGUUUCGAAUGUUGGACAACAAACAAAAGUAUCUUGGCUACAGAAAUGCAGCCGUUAUCAUUCAGAGAAGAUAUCGCGCUUAUUCCUUAGCUUCCUCGGUUUAUUUAAAAUAUCACGUAAUGCGUGGUGCUAUUAUCACAAUUCAGGCAUUGGCUCGUGGAUAUCUCCUACGCAGAGAGAUAAAGGAAAAGUUACGCUCUAUCCUACUAAUUCAGUCUUACUGUAGAAUGUUUCAACAGCGAAAGAAGUUCAUUGAGAUCAAAACCCGUGUUGUGGUGUGUCAAAAGUAUGCGAGAAGGGGGUUGGCGGUCAGACGAUACAACCGGUUUAAAUCGCUGGUGAUUGCAAUUCAGUCCUGUUACCGGCGUACACAGGCGCAAAAGCAGUUAAAACAACUUCAGUUAGAGAAAAAUGCAGCUGUUUUGAUUCAGUCACUUGUAAGAAUGGCUCUCGCGAGAAGACAGUAUGUUUUGUUGGCUAGAAAAGUAGAAGAAGAAAUGUUAAGAGAAAGAUCAUCAGUUUCCAUUCAAGCAACAUGGAGGAUGUAUUAUCAAAAAGCCAAGUACGAAAAAACAUACCACGCGUUGUGUCUUAUCCAAAGCACGGUGAAAGGCUAUCAACAACGUCGCCGAUACUUGAUUACCUUGGCUAAAAUUACUUUUAUCCAAAGAUGGUAUCGGUCAAACCUAAUAGCUCAGCUGGAACGGGAAUUAUUUUUAAAAAUGAGGACAAGUGCUGUUGUUGUUCAAUCGGUUUGGAGGUCGUGUUUGAAGCGUAAAAAGUAUUGCCUGUUAUUCAGGUCGACUGCUAUAAUUCAAAAGUGGUGGAGAAAACAGCGAAAUAAUCGUAGAGACAACGAAGAGAAGGCUAGCAUUCUCAUCCAAAAAUCGUACAGGAAGUAUGCGUUGAGAAGGAAACGCUUGGUAACAUCUGCAAAUACGAUCAUUUCAUAUUAUAAAAUGUGGUGCGUUAAAGCUGAGUAUGCUAGAAUAAGACAGGCAUCAAUACUUAUUCAAAGAAAUUGGAAUUACUACCAGAGCAGAAAAAAAUAUCAACUCUCAGUGACGUCAGCGUUAUAUAUUCAGAGAUGGUACCGCAGCAUUUGCGAGAAGCGAGCAUCUAGAGCGGAAUUGGCUAUUAAAAUCACUGCAGCUCUUACAAUACAGAUGUGUUAUAGGAAAUUUAGAUUUCGUCAAACAGUACUGUGCAGACUGAAAACUUUCGUUCAACAAAAUAACGCUGCAGGAAAAAUUCAAUCAGCAUAUCGUAGCUAUCGUGUGAUGAAAUGUUCACGUGAGCAGUACCUUAACUUUUUGUCUGGCAUUAUCCUUCUUCAAAAGCACGUACGUUUAUUCUUAAAGAGAAGAGAACAAGGGAAGAUGGAGAAUGCAGCACGUGCAAUUCAAACAUGUUAUUCGAUCUUUAGGAGGCGAAAACAGUUGGAGGAAUACAAUGAAGCCAGAAAAAGGGUAAUAAAAUCGUUUUCAGAUUCUGCAAAAUUAUGUUUAUCCGUAUUGAAAAUACAAAGGUGGAGGAGAGCUUUUGUGCACCAAAUGCAAGAAAGAUAUCUUCAAAGGAGAGUUAAUGCUGCGCUCACUAUUCAGUCUUUCUGGCGUGGUUUUCUCGUGCGCCGUAUGGUGAAAGAUAAACGAAUCACAGCUGCCAGACAUCGUAUAGAUGUUGCUAACCAAAAUGUUACGGAACCGAUGAAAUUAUGCAAUCGUACAAAAUCAGCGCUGGACUAUUUGUUGCACGUGAAAAAUUUAUCGACAGUUCACGACGCAUUACGACAUCUCGAUGUGGUAACUGUUUUGUCUUUCAAAUGUUGCGAACGAGUUGUACAAGACAACGUGCUUCCAGUCAUCUUCAAGAUUAUACGUCAUGGAAACAGAAGUUUACCUUGGGUUUCAAUCAAGCAAGUCGCGUUCAGUAUUUUAUUGAACGUUGCUAAAUGUCCAACCACGUACAGCGCUGUAUAUCAGGAGGAACGUUCUGUGUCAACCAUAGUGGAACAAAUGUCUAACUUUCGCGAUAAGAAAGCUUUCAUCUUUCCCAUGGCUUGCAAUCUUCUCACUGUUCUUUGUAACGACGAGACUAUCAAAAACUGCCUUGUCAACAAUAAAACAGCAGUGGAGAAAAUUCGCAGUUUUUAUAGGCUCUCACAGCGUGCGCAAAAACUCAACCAACAAAGAGAUUUAACGAAAGCAAAAGAGCUGCACUAUUCUCAGACAGCUUGGCAUCGCAGGGCAAGCUUUAUUAAUUCUAAAGAUGCUUACUCAGCAAUACAUAUGCUCGCAAACAAGUUGAAUUUACUGUAGAUCGUGUUUGUAUCUAGCGUUUCGUUUUAUAGUAAUAUAUUCUAAGUUCUUUUUCGGCUUCUAACCCACCGAAAAUUAAGCAAAACGCACCCUAUAACGAGGAAUAUUAUUUAACUUAAGAUUUACUCACAAGCUAGCUCUAGUCAUCUUUAUCAUAACUUUCUGACUUUUUUCGCUAAAAAUGCUUUGGAAAAAAAAGGGAUUUUGAAAUUUGUGAAGCCAAUAAAUUAUAGCAUUCCUUUUCGCAACUUGUAUCCUUUUCUUGGGAUGUAGUUUAUAUGAUGUAUUGUUGUGGUGCGUAUUUUAAAUGUGAUUUUACUUUUAUCUUGAUUUAUCUGUAUAAAUGAAUUUUUUAUUACAAAAUGUCGCUUUUUCGAUGUUGUAUGUAUAACAUGAUCAGCACUGUCCUGAAUUUUUGUUCCGUAAUGUCUUGCGAUACCGCAAAACUUUUAUGUCCUAGAUUGUUCAGAAUUUCAAUAAAAAACAUUUCAUUAACAGUG